CCUAUUGGUCAGAGAGCUUCUCAUCCCCACCCUCCAAAAUUGCAUCUUAAUGGUUUUUUUUAUACAUAUAUAAUAGAGAGCUGUUCCUUAACCUGUUCCUUUUAUGUAAGGGAGUGAGAAGGAGGUGCCUGGGAGAGAAGAAAAUGCCUCACACUGUUAGCAUGCUGAUGUUUCUGCUGUUUCUUGGAUUCACUUUCCCGAUGGUCGCGAAGGGAAUUUUUAUGGACAAGCUGGCAAGCAAGAAGCUGUGUGCCGAUCAGGAGUGCUUAUAUGCCAUCUCCCUGGCAAGGGCGGAAGACGAUUACAACGCGCCAGACUGCCGAUUUAUUAACGUCAGAAAGGGGCAACUGAUCUACGUUUACUCAAAGCUAGUGCCAGAAAGAGGAGCUGGAGAAUUCUGGGCUGGGAGUGUUUAUGCACAGCAGUGAGACCAGAUGGGCACUGUUGGAUAUUUCCCCAGGAAUUUAGUCACAGAGCAGCACAUCUAUCAGGAAGCAAACGAGACAGUUUCCACGAAGAGCAAUAAAUACUAA